GGCAUUUACAUUGGGGACAUUGAAGAGUAAAGACGCUUUUUUGUGAGUGUUGAAGAAAAUCGGUCGACGCAUCAACAAAACAAAAGAAAAAUUACAAUUUAAAAGAAGUAACGAAAUAACAAUUAAAAUAUUCUUAAACAAUUUACGUGAGUUUCAUAAAUGAAAAAUAUAUUUUAACAAAAUAAAAAGCGACAAGAAAACUUCAACUGCAUUAUUGCCGGGAUUGACGUGUCUUUUUGUUGUUUGUAAACCGUAAGAAGACAAACUCUUGAUCAGACUUGCUUUGUUUUGGUGUCUUCCGAAAGCCAGCCGUCUGAACAUACACACAAGCACGUAUUACUACUAUUACGACGGACAGACAGACAGACAAAACGUGAAAAGAGAAAGUCGGGCGCAUGAUAGUAAGUGCUGAAUGAAUUCCAACGCAAUCGACCAAGAAACAAGCUACGAAACAAGUGGAAAUUUGUAAAGAAGUCAAGAGAUAAUCUGGAAUAAUCAGUUGUUGCUGGAUAAUAUUCUUAUUGGAGUUUUUCAUUCUUCUCCCAAUUGGACACCAAGAAAUACAAAAAAUAAAAACAUGUCAAAGGAUAAACUAAAUGGAACACUGACAUCCUCGCCAAAUGGCAAGGUACAACAAAACGGAAAACUGCAGUCGAACGGCAAAGUGCAGCAACAAAAUGGAAAAUCCAAAGUAAAUGUCAAUGCCUUGCCACCCCAGAAAUCAAUAGUCAUUGCCUACAUUCUAUGGCUGUUUGGUGGCAUUCUUGGCCUUCAUCACAUCUAUUUGCGCCGUGAUCGUCAUGCCUUCGUGUGGUGGUGUACUUUGGGUGGUUACUUUGGUAUUGGCUGGCUGUUUGAGAUAUUUGCCAUACCCGGUUAUGUGCGUGAUGCCAAUGAAGAUCCCCGUUUCAUAGAAGAAUUUGUUAAGAAAUUGCAACAUUUUCGAAAACCUCCCUAUUCGGGUAGACGUUUUGUGGGCGAGGUAAUGAUUGGCUAUUUGUUUGGCCAGCUGUUUGAAAUGGCCAUACCCCAGACGAUAUUUUUUGGUAUUGAUUUUGGAUUUCUUCACUGGCUGAUACCCGUAUUCAUUGCCUUGGGUGUUUGGACGGUGGGUAAUAUUGGACGUGAGCGAGGUGUACUGUGGCAUUGCCUUCUGGCAGCCUUUGCUGCUUAUCCUGUGCGCUACUUCAUUUAUGAUGAGACGUACACUCUGCUGAUAUCUUCGCUGGCUGCUGCAUUGGUCUUUGAUCAUUUCUCCAAGGAAUGGUUGCGUACACCACCCAAACGUCGCAGCACCAUGCAAAGGACAUUGACAUUUACUGGAGCCCUUUGUAUUUACUUUUCAUUGUGGGGUUGUUUCCUGUACUUCAAUGGCACCAUUUCCGAUGAAGAUGGCAACGAGGUGCCCAUACAUGAAGCAUUCCAAAAUUUCCUAGCCUCAGCAUGGUGGACAGAUAUUGCCCAGGCGUUGCAGGAUACGUAUAACUAUGCCCAACAUCAUGGUUGGUAUGAAACAUGGAAAGAGAUUUUCGAAUCAAUGGAUGUUGAUGGAGAGCGAAAUGCCUACAAGGUGUUGGGUGUUAGUGCCACAGCAUCACAGGCCGAGAUAACCAGUGCAUAUCGAAAACUUUCCAAAGAAUUCCAUCCCGAUAAGGUUAAGGAUGAGUCGCAGCGGGCUGCAGCCAAUCAACGUUUCAUUGAAAUUCAACAAGCCUAUAGUGUUCUAUCGAAAAUUAAGUCCAGUCGCCGGCGUAAGAAUACCAAAUCUGUAGAAGAUGAACCCACCAUAGUGUUGUAGGGCGGGUGGUUUCGAGCGAAGGCAGCCAAAGUAAUGUUUAUUAUUUCCCAAUGACUGUAUUACAAUUUAAGUUUUAAAUGUAUGCCUUAAUAAUGUAAACGCUCCAGUGCAUCGAAUAUUUUUAUUUGAAACUUUUUAAUAAUUCCUUUAGUCUUGUAAGCAAUACUUUGACAUAAUUAAUGUACUUACGUAAAUUAUUUAUUGUAUUAUUUAUAGAAUAGAACGACAAUAAUAAAACUCGAACUAGUUUUAGAGAAGCUCUA